AUGGCGCGGACCAUUUCCAGUCCACAAAGAGGAGGAGGUAGGCCGUCUACCGAGAUGGCAGUUCCGGUCGGGGGACCGAGGCGCGUCAUUAAUACAGCUAGGAAGAGUACGGGAGGUAAAGCUCCCAGGCGGAUAUCGGAAGUACAACCAGAAAAAGAAACGCCAAAGAAGAGACAUCGGUUUAGACCUGGGACUGUAGCAUUGAGAGAGAUUAGGAAAUAUCAAAAAUCAACAGAUUUGUUAAUAGCAAAAUUACCAUUUAGCAGAGUUGUCAGAGAAGUCACAUUAGAUAUGGGUUCAGCAGCAGCUGGUGAUCUUCGAUGGCAAUCAAGUGCUAUAAUGGCAUUACAGGAAGCGGCAGAGGCGUAUUUGGUUCAUUUGUUUGAGGAUGCAAAUCUCUGCGCCAUCCACGCUAAAAGAGUCACCAUCAUGCAAAAAGACAUUCAACUAGCAAGAAGGAUCAGAGGUCCUUGGGCAGGUUUAGGAUGA